GUCACUUAUGUGUCGUCUUUCCUGCGUGAGACAAUAAUAAGGCAUCAUUUCAUCCUACAGGGGCGGCUCAGUGUGGAUGCGCUCCCAGGUAACACUGAUUCACGUAUCUGCACAUGGAAAAGUAGCCUAGUCAUUCUGUUUUCUCACUGCACACCGAGUUGUAAGUCUCAUCCUGUGGGAGGAUAUUUGGACACCUCUGUCAUUUCAAUAAGCCUCCAUCAUGAACUACCUACGUCGACGACUCUCGGACAGUAAUUUCAUGUCCAACCUGCCCAAUGGUUACAUGACUGAUCUCCAACGCCCCGACCCGCCGCAGCAAAGCCCCGCAGUGUCGCCCGGGCCGUCAGAGAGGCGCCAGUCCACCAGCCAGCAGCCGCAGCAGCAACCUGGAGGUGGAGGCUCCGGCUUCUUCUCAUCCAUAUCAAAUGCUGUCAAACAGACCACAGCUGCUGCGGCUGCGACCCUAUCCGAGGCAGCAGAUCGGGCAGGUGUCUCCAGCAGUGCCAAGAUCCUCCUGGUUAUUGAUGACCAGCAGACCGACUGGGUGAAGGUUUUCAGAGGCAGAAAGGUCCAUGGCGAAUUCGACAUCAAGGUAGAACAGGCAGAAUUCUCUGAAAUCAACCUGGUGGCCAACUCCACAGGCACCUAUAAUGUGGAUAUUGAUGCAAUCAGGAAUGGGCAUAAGGUUACUAAAUCCUUUAAGCCAGACUUUGUGCUGAUCAGACAGCAUGCCUUCAGCAUGGACAAGAAUGGAGACCACCGGAACAUAGUGAUUGGACUGCAGUAUGCAGGAUUGCCAAGUGCUAACUCUUUACACUCUGUCUACAAUUUCUGUGACAAACCAUGGGUGUUUGCUCAGAUGUCAAGAUUGUAUAAGCAACUCGGCCCAGAGGAGUUCCCACUGAUUGAGCAGGUUUACUAUCCAAAUCACAAGGAAAUGAUUACUUCCCCUCGAUUCCCUGUAGUGGUAAAGAUGGGCCAUGCUCACUCAGGAAUGGGAAAGGUGAAAGUGGACAAUCAAUAUGAUUUUCAAGAUAUUGCCAGUGUCGUGGCACUGACCAAGACCUAUGCUACAUCUGAGCCCUUUAUUGAUGCAAAAUAUGACGUCCGCAUCCAGAAGAUUGGCGACAAUUACAAGGCUUACAUGAGAACAUCCAUUUCUGGCAACUGGAAAACCAACACUGGCUCAUCUAUGCUUGAGCAGGUGGCCAUGUCAGACAAGUACAGAAUGUGGGUGGAUUCUUGCGCUGAUAUAUUUGGAGGUUUGGAUAUCUGUGCAGUGGAAGCUCUGCACGGUAAAGAUGGCAAGGACUACAUUAUAGAGGUAGAUGACUGUUCAAUGCCAUUGAUUGGAGACCAGCAGGAUGAGGAUCGUGUUCAGAUUGCGGAACUGGUGGUUUCUAAGAUGAACCAGGUUGUUCCACGCACUUCAAGCUCUUCCACAGUCCGUGCCACAGCAGGACAGCCAGCACAGAAAGCAGUGUCUCCUCAGCCUGUCUCACAGCCCAGAGUGCCACAGGUUCAACAGCGCCCCUCACCCCAGGGUGGUCCUCAGCAAGGUCCCCCAUCUCAGCCACGUCCACAGCCUCAAGGCCAACCUCCUGCACAGGCCCAGCAAUCUGCAGCUAGCCCAGGCACUGGCGAACCAAGUGCCCAGGCCAAGGCUAGCCAAGGCACAGCACAGCAACGGCCACCGGGUCAGGGAGCUCCUCCUACCCAGAGACCUCCUUCUGGUCAAAGUUCUCCUCAGCGAAGCCAGGGAGGUUCCCCCCAAGCUCAGAGGCAACAGUCUGUCUCCCAACAGCAGCAGAAACCUUCCCCAGGAGGCCCUGGCCAGAAACCACCAAGUGGCCAACCCCAGCAGCAGAGGCCUGCCCAGCCCCCUAGGCAGCAGUCCCAGGGAGGGCCACAGCAACAGAGGGCUCCUGGCCAGCCGGGCCGUCCUGGAGCGCCCACCACCCAGCAGCCACGACCUGCAGCCCAGGGCCAGGGAGGCCCGGGAGGACGACCCCCACUGCAGCAAAAGCCUCAGCCCCCACAGAAGCCCAGCCAGGACAACCCGACUAUGGGCGGCUCUCCACAACUAAACAAAUCCCAGUCUCUUACCAAUACCUUCAACAUUCCAGAAACCCCAGCUCCACGAGCCAGCCUUAGCCAGGAUGAGGUGAAGGCUGAAACCAUACGCAAUCUACGCAAAUCUUUUGCCAGUCUCUUCUCAGACUGAGAUGGCAAGAGCCCCCCCCCCCACUCCCUCCUCCUACUGACAGAAAGAUGGACAGGUACACUGAAGGACUGAUUCCUUCUUCUCCCAACAAACAAGGACCAACAGGACACUCUCUCCAAUUCAUGUACAAUGACCCUGAUAUGAAAAUGUACACACUACACAUUCACUGCCUAAAUACGGUAGUUAAAAUAUUUUAAAAUGAACAAAAAAAUAGAGUACACAGUAAAUUUAGGCACUGAAGUCUGAAACAUUCCUUGCCUUGCCUCAAGCUUAAGUUAUUCACUCA